AUGUCUGGAAAAAAUCAAGGCAAUACUUUUCGACUUGAAGUUCUCAAAGCUCGUGGAAAUGGAGCAUUGACAACCAUUGAUAAUAUUUCAGCAGAUGCAACAAUUGGUGAAUUAAAAAAACGAGUCGCUCAACAAAAACCAGAGCUUUAUUUUGAUCGCCAAUCAUAUCGAACUGAGCCAACUGGAAAAUCCGUGAAAGAUACGCAAAAAUUAUCUGAAUUGAAUAUCGAUAAAGUUGGAAAAAUUUAUUUCAAAGAUUUGGGUACACAAAUCGGUUGGAGCACAGUAUUUGUUGCUGAAUAUGCAGGCCCAUUGUUCAUCUAUCUAUUAUUUUAUAUUCGACCAAGUCUUGUUUAUGGUUCAUCAGCUGGUUCAAAACCAGUGCAUUUAGCUGCUCAUUUGGGUGCUGCUUGUUGGAUAGCACAUUAUGCAAAGCGUAUUUUAGAGACAAUAUUUGUUCAUCGUUUUUCACAUUCGACAAUGCCAGUGUUCAAUUUAUUUAAAAACUGUAGCUAUUAUUGGGGUUUCACUGCAUUGGUUUCAUUUUUUGUUAAUCAUCCAAAAUAUACUCCACCAUCAUUUGGUAAUGCUCAAAUUUAUUUAGGUUUAGGAAUUUUUAUUCUCAAUGAGAUUGGAAAUUUAUCAAUUCAUUUACUUCUUCGUGAUCUUCGUCCUGCUGGUUCAACUGAACGUCGUAUUCCAUAUCCAAAUAAAACCAAUCCAUUCACAAAUUUAUUUCAUCUAGUUUCAUGUCCUAACUAUACGUAUGAAAUUGGUUCAUGGUUAGGUUUCUCAUUAAUGACACAAACAUUAACAGCACUCUUAUUUGCAUUUGCUGGAGCAGUACAAAUGACUAUUUGGGCUAAGCAAAAACAUCGAGCUUAUAAAAAAGACUUCGCCGAUAAAUAUCCAAAGCAACGCAAAUCAAUUAUUCCAUUUUUAAUCUAA